AUGGUGUGGGAGAAGACCAAGGACGUAAUGCAGGAAUUUGUGCUCUACAUGGACACGGCGGAAAUAACAUCGUAUGCAGCGAACUGUGAUAACGCCGCAUGGGACCACCACAAAAAUCCUACAGCGGGUUCGAUCUAUUUUGGACAAACGGUGGGGGAUAAGAUUAUAUGCGUACUUAUGGCAGGGGCCUUAUUUUUCAUGAAUGGGUGGACUAUUACACAAAGCACUCGAUCGACGGAAGAUGAAAUCAGUGAACGCAUACGAGAGCACUUACGAUGUGCCAUAGUACAUAUGUUUAGCGCAGUAUUAGACGAAUCCGUGUGUCCAGGUAUGCGGGGAACAUUUUAUGCAUGGAAAACAAUGGAAAGAAUGGACACUGGGGACGGAGGUUUUCCGGAAGGUUUAAUAAAGAGGGGAAUAUGUGGUAGAGAACUAUCUUCGAAUUUGCAAAUAAGGCAACUUGACUUAAAUACAAAAGUCAAACAAUGGUUACGGCAAGAUAGCAGAUUAAAAGGCGUCAUACAGAAAAUAAAAGGAAAUGCAUUGUGCACGAAGCGGUGGCAGGACGCAUGGAACCUAGAGGACAUCCUGGGGAAUGGGAAUACACAGGAUACGCAAGCGUUGCAGAUUGCUCCGAUAGUCGAUGAAUUGAAGAAAGGAAUCAACGACCUACUUACGGAACUCGGAAAAAAGGUAGACCAGGACGUAAAAAACCGGCAACAGGCGAAGAAGGGGAACAUAGCGAAGGAUGACCAAAACGGGGACGCCGACACGACGGCUACUGUGCCGGCUGCAACAACAGGAUCGACAGCGCUGGAGGCGACAAACCCGAAACCUCCACCGACAUCGCAACCAUCAGAGAACACGCCAGUGACCCCACCGCCACCACCACCUCCGUCACCACCACAACAGGACGGAUCAGCGACAGCGGGAGAUGGUCCGAAGGUGCAACCGAACGGGACGCAUAUAGACAAAGCAGGUAAGUGUGGAAGUAAACCCACAGUUUCCGUGACCCAGAAUGCAGGCAGCGGAAUCUAUGCUUCUUCGUCAGAGACACUUGUCUCCUUUGGAACGAGUGCCGGCACAGAUGAUGAAUGUGGGACGAAACCCGAAGACCCACAGGAAGGCAAGGAGAAAUCGGACGGCUCAUCAACGCCGACAGAGCUGGAUCCCAAGUCCUCCGUAGCAGCAGAGCCUGCCGCAGAAGUACCAACAAAACCAGAAGUGUCAAAAGUAACACCAGGAUCAGAAGGAGCAACAGGGGUCACAUCAACAGAAGUGAGUGCGCAACCGCAAGGAAAGGCAGGACCGGAGGGGGGAGAAGGAACACCUGCAGCAUCAGCCCCAAAGACGGGGUCGUCCGACGACACUAUAACUCCGCCCAAAGAUUCCACCAGUAAUGACAAAACUCAGGGUUGCGAACAUCCCGCGUCUGCUGCUGGUCCAGAUCCAGGUGUUGCCGUCAUCGAUGGCGGCAACGAUGACCCACCUCCUCUCAAUCCACCCAAACCAAAACCGAACCCAAACCCCGAUCAAGCGGGGAGCAGUGGUGGCGAAGGAAAAGGAGGUGGUGAUGUAGGUGGCACUCAACUUGUCACCCCUUCCGUUCGGCCUGGUGUUACAUGGGAAGAUAUCAAGUCCUACACCCCCGAAAUAAUUCCAGCGGUGGUUGGUAUUGGGAUAAUUGCGUUCUUCCUCUGGAAGUAUUUUGCGUACCUCGCCCAACGACGACGAAAGUUUCGCACCGUUCGUGACGUGCCGUCACCGGGACUGGACGAAGAAAUAUUGCACCAUCUACAACGCGGCGCACCACCACCCGAUUACGGCUACACGAUGGUUAGGGAUAGGCGGCCUGCAUCUGCUGCCGAUCGACGACGACGACGUAAUCCACGCGUGCAUAAGCGCACCAUCAUCGAGCUACAUCUACAAGUGCUCAACGAAUGUGCAGCGACCGCGUGGGAAAACGUCAAAGACGACUAUUGGCAGAUUGUCGUGCAGCAGUUUGCGCAGGACUUUGCGCAGGAUUUGAUGCGGGCAGAUGACACGUAUAACAAUAUCUUCGGUGUUUCUACGUCAGACUAUGGUUCUCCAGGGACCAAUGUUUCAUCCGCCUUGGAUCCAUCCACUGACAUCGAACGAACGGAUGAAUGCGCAUUGAAUGACCCCGAUCCAUGGAGUUGCAUGGAAACCAUACAGUUAGCAACGGACCCUUGUCCACCGCAUGAUUCCGAUCCUUGGAGUUGUAUGGAAACCAUACAAUUACAAACGCACCCUUGUCGACCUACGGAAGACAACCCAGAUCCCUGGAGGUGUGUGGAAAACAUACAGUUAGCAACGGACCGUGCUGCGCCUAACGAAGAGGACCGAUGGAAUUGUAUGGAAACUAUACAGUUAGAACAAGAAAGGCCUCAUUCGCCCCCUCUCCCCUCUUCCGUCCCCGGGAAUGAAAACCGGGCCCCCGACCACACUAAUUGGAUCCCGUGGAUUGACCGCAACAAGCACCUAUUGCAGGCGUGCACGACGCAGCCGUGGUUCCAUGCCCUCAAAGCGGAAUGGAAACAAUAUUAUCAACAACAUGCGCAAAACGCCGCAUCCAGUGAGCACAGGAAAGCCGCAACCAUGGAACGGAAGAAAUUGGAUGCAUGGAAAGAAUGGGUUGCAAAACAACAUGACCUUAUGAAUACAUAUAGUGAGGAGGAGUGGUUUCAACGUUUGUUGCAUAAUGUUGAGGCGGACACAGUACGGGGAAAAGGCGAAGUACCUGGAGUGGGAAAGGACUUACACGUCGAAACACUACUGGGAACAGAAGAUAUACUGAGAGUGCGAGAUGUUCCACGCACGCAGCCAAUGCAUCCGCAACCUUACAUGAAACAACCGUUAACCGCUAAAACAUGGAUACUGAUCCUGGCCUUCAUCCUUGCGGAGUGCGAGGUCGAAUGUCGUUUGCAGCAUACGGAGUUAUAUGUGGAUGAACUACUGGACCAGCUCUGA